UGGGUUGAUGUGUCUGAGCCUCUGUGAAGCCACUAAACGAGUCAGGUCUCUUUGGGUAAAGCGAGUCCGUCACCAACGUCUUCGUCUCCAGCGAUUCUUCUUCACGUAUAUAUAAAUCUUUCCGAUUUGUCUUUUUGCUUUUCGUUUUCCGUUUAUAUCAUCGGGAAAUUUCCCCGGAUACUUCUCCGAUUCGUUUUAAAGCCUUUUUCUACAGGAACCUUUUACUCCCCAUCUGUGAUUUUGGGUAGAUUUGGCUCCGUAUGGUUAGGGUUUGAAGGAGGUGAUUGUGGUUUCGCUCGUUGUUUUAUUUCACUGUACGUUAAGAAAAUUGGCUCCAUUUGAUUUUUUCCUAGGGUUUCUUCCUUGAGUUCUACAAAUGUCAGAAGGUUCGAGACGGAGUCGGGUCACUAUUACUCUAGGGCGUAGCGGUCAGGUGGUGAAUCGAGCUGCAAGUGAUUUAGAUGCUGGUUAUGAGUUGCCUAGAGUUGGGACCAAGCGGUCUGUCAAAGAAAGAUUAGGAAAUCAGGUAGAUAGUUCUCUGUAUGGAAGCGAAGAAGUGGUCAGUAAAAGGCAAAGAGGGGAAGCAAGUUUCUGUGGAAAUGAUUUGCAGAUCAGUCAAAAUGAUCUCCGAUUCAAACUGAUGCAGAAAAAUGCCCAGAAACGAGCUCAGAGCGAUGAAGGUAGCACUAUGGAUCUUCGUGAAAAGCUCUCCAGGAGCGAGCAGCCUCCACGUAGCCUUGAUACUCGACCUCGUAUGGCUGAGCUGAGAGAUGUCCCCUUACCUUCAUCAAGAACUGCUCGUGGUUCCUCUCAGAUGAUUUCAUCAAGUAGUUCGUAUCCUCCAUGGUCCCUGGAAGAUUUAAGACGAAGGUCUCCAGAGAGAUUUAUGGAUACUUCCAGGGGUCCAUCCCCGCCAAGAAAUGCUGGACGUACCAUUGGCAUUCCAAGGGGUCCAUCCCCCCCAAGAAAUGCUGGAAGAAGGAUAAUUGGCACUCCAAGGGAUAGAUCACCGCCAAGAAAUGCUGGAAGGAUAAUUGGCACUCCAAGGGAUAGAUCACCGCCAAGAAAUGCUGGAAGGAUAAUUGGCUCUCCAAGGGAUAGAUCACCUCCAAGAAAUUCCGGAAGGAUAAUUGGCACUCCAAGGGAUAGAUCACCUCCAAGAAAUGCUGGAAGGAGAUUUGAGUCUCCAAGGGAUCUAUCACCGCCAAGGAGCACAAGAAGCUUCAGUAGUGGUUCUAGGGCUCUGUCCCCCACUAGAAAUGUAGGAAGCUACAUGGGUUCUUCUCUGGGGUUUUCACCUCCUAGGAAUCCUGGAAGCUACAUGGGUUCUUCCAGGGGUUCUCCACGUAGUAACAUUGAAGAUUUUCAUGGACGAAGCAGGAUGCUUGAUGAUGUGAGAGCGACACCAUAUACUGUUAGAGGUGUACUAAAUGGUCAAGCCCCAGCAAGUGGUGCUCCUUUCGCCAGGCCAAUGUUACCGCCUCCAGUCCCAAACCCACAUCCGUUGCCUCCUUUGAGCCAGCUUCCUCCACUUGGAAGUAUGAUGCAGAACAAUCCCUUCUCUGUGGAAGAGCCUCUGACUGUUGAUAGCUUUUUACAGUCAAUUGGACUUGGAAAAUACUCCCUUGCCUUUAAGAGAGAGGAAGUAGAUAUGACCACAAUAAAGCAGAUGAAAGAAAGUGAUCUAAAAGAUCUCAUCAUACCAAUGGGUCCAAGGAAGAAGAUUCUUCAGGCUAUAGCCUCCCUUCCAACAAGGUAGCUAUGACAAAAACACGGAUUUGGCCUCUAGCUGCUUCUCACUCUUUUUGUGGUCUUGUUAGCCUCUAAGAGGAUCGAAACUAUGAUAACUUUUUGAGAUCCAACCCCGAAACUUUUCUCUCCGGAUGAUGAUUGUAGGCAGCAGAACUUUCUUUUGUAAUUCUUCUCUGUUAUGGAUUUUUUUUUUCUCUCUUUUUCCUGGCAUACACUAUUAUGUUAACCCAAGCAGCCUAAUUGUGGAAAUGCGAAGGUGUUGUGGUGUAAUCCAAACACUCUUUUGGUUGGUAUAUAAAUCUCAACGUGAAAGUGAUAGGUUAAUAUUUCUCCUCA